UAUUAAUUCAUUCGACAUUGGUCUAAAGAGUUCUUCUUAGAAUUUAUAGAACAUCUUAAUUACCGGCAUAGACGAGAUGCUAUUUAUAAAAUUGAAAUUUCUUCGCGCUUUCGGAAUUUUCUGUUUCUGUGCCAAUAUAGUCUGUGCACUCAGCUCGCGGGAAGCGGUGUAUGUUGAUGAUAAUUUAGGAAAACCGUUGGCUCAUACGAGGUCCAAAGUGGGCCUAAGCUACGACGAUAUGCUUAACGAUGAUUUUACCUUCGAUAUGGAUUCGCACGACGUCGUCGUGUUUCUCCAUAUGCAGAAAACAGGUGGUACAUCAUUUGGAAAACACCUCGUCCACGAUCUGGAUUUGAAACGCCCGUGUACGUGUCCCAUAAGUCGCAAGAGAUGUUACUGUUUUCGACCUCAUUCGAAUCAAAGUUGGUUAUUCAGCCGAUACACGACAGGAUGGAAAUGCGGCCUACAUGCCGAUUGGACGGAAUUGACGACUUGCGUCGAUGAAAAAUUAGACGAGCUUGAAGAUGUAGUUAAGAGAAGAUAUUUUUAUAUAACGCUGCUGAGAGAACCAGUAGCCAGAUACUUAUCAGAAUUCCGCCAUGUGCAAAGAGGAGCAACCUGGAAAGGAUCAAGACAUUUUUGCAACGGACGGUUAGCCACUGAUAAGGAAGUGCCUCCUUGUUAUAAAGGAGAGGAUUGGGAGGGCGUCAAAUUAGACGACUUUAUGAACUGUCAGAGCAAUUUAGCCGUUAAUAGACAGACUAGGAUGUUGUCCGACUUGGAACUUAUAGGUUGUUACAACAAAACGUAUAUGCCACAAGCCGAACGUGACAAAAUCAUGUUGGCCAGCGCUAAGAAAAACCUCCUCGCCAUGGCCUUCUUCGGUCUAACGGAGUACCAGAAGAUUUCCCAAUAUAUCUUCGAAGAAACCUUCAAUCUCAGAUUCGCAAUUCCAUUCGAACAAAACAACGCGACGGUCUCCAGCUACACCCUAACAACUUUAACGUCAGAUCAGUCCGAGAAGAUUAAGAAGUUGAACAAUCUGGACUUGGAGCUGUACAGUUUCGCUAAGAAAAUUUUAUUCGAGCGGUUCGAGAGGUUAAAAAGUCGCGAUACGGACUUCAAGGGUCGGUUCAAGAAUCUGGGAGUGUUGAACGUGAAGCAAGGGCCUACCGAAUUCGAUUGGGAUAAACUGGAGGAUCCUACGGAUGCUCCUUAAGGCUAAGGGCAGCUCAAAUAAAGUCUGAUAUUAGAAGUGCCAUGUUUCCCCGUUUUUUCUAUGAAAAAUAAUUGUAAGGGUUGUACAGUGUGAACCGAAGAUGCAUUUUGGUGAGUUAGACGUUACAUGGGGUAGUCUUUUGUUUCUGAGUUUCGAAACGAAUUUUUAACCAAUAUCAGCUUAUUUUGUCUUCCCUACAAUCUAAGUGUUCGUAAUUUAUUUAUUACAUUUUUACGUUUUGAGAUUUAACCCAAAAAUAUAUUUUUGCAUGAGACUACCUCCACUGAUAAGUGUUAGAAAGCGUGCAUUAUAUCACAAUACGAUUUUAAAUUAACGUUAAAGGCAUUUUGUGUUAAAUAUAGCUUGUUUAUUGUAAGAAGACAUUGACGUUAUUUCCCCAACACUUGAUAAUUUACAAGUGAAAUUGAUCUCUAUGAAAUUAUCUUUGUAAACAAAGUAAAGAGGGGAAACUAUUGUUAGUCAUUGUUUCUGUCAGUUUUCGAAGUAAAAUAAUUUAUGUAAUUUCCUCUCAAAACAAUUUUUAUUAAAAUCUAUAAAAUGCAGAUAAUGUUAGUUGUGACGUCAUCGUCUAUUUAAAAUAAAUACAGUAUAUAUUUAUGUACAGCAUUUACCAAACUUCGUGAACCAACGACGUAAAACGAAAUAAACAGCAUUAAAUGCUUGGCAAGAUUUUGAUGAGAAAAAAUAGUGGCUCACUAGGUUUAUAGUUUGCUGAAAGACUUAAAUAAAUUAUAUUUAUAUAUGCAAUAUAUUUAUGAGAUGUUAGAAUAACAGUAAAUAGCAUGUUUUCCGUUAAAUAAAUACGUUAACUUCAUACAUGACGUAAAGAAUACUUUAUACUUUAAGGGAUGUUAAACAUGCCUUAAAACUGGAAAUAAUUUAUACUGUUUCUACUGGUAUACUCGGUUCGCUAAUGCCAGUCCGAACUGUCUAGUGAUUUUAGUAAUUAUGUUUUUACGAAGUUAGUUACAUUUUGACAGACUAGAAGUGGCUGGAAAUUAUUAUACAACCAAGUACACGUGCUCAUAGCGCAUUUCAUUAGAGUAUUUCGU